AUGGUGGGCGCGGGGCGCCGGGCCCGCCUCCGGCCCCAGCCCGCGGCUCGCGGCCGUGCAGCCCGGCCCGGCCGCUCUGCGUCCCCCGGCGCCCACCCCACCCACUCCCACGCCCUCGGAGCCACGUCCCUUACCCGUCUCCGGCCGGCUUCUACGGUCCCAGGCCACGGUCUCCGCCGCCUCCCGGCCCCCGCCCCUUCCAGCCACUACCCCGCCCCCCACCCCCUGUCGACCCUCUCGGACCAGACAGAGGCCGCCCGCGUCCAGUCCGGAAGUCGUAGGGAAGUGAGGAGGUCAGGACGGUGGCGCCCGCGGCUUGGGUCCUCCUUGGGGCGGUGUGCGCGCGGCUUUCUCUUCCACCGUCCUGGACCUGCUCUGACUCCCGACCCGAGGCUCGCCGCGUGGCCUCGCGUCUGGUCGCCGGCCCCUCGCGGCUCGCUCCGCCCAGCAUGGACCCGGAUCCGGGGCGCCUCAGUGGCAAUCUGCCAGGAGGGCCGUAAGGUGCAAGGGAACCAGUUACAAAUAGCAGUGCUGGACUUGAGGAGGGCUCCUCCUGAACUGGAAGGCAAGCAGGAGGACGCUCCCCCGGGGCUUGGUCCAGCAGCCAAAGAAUUUAGAGCAAGUCCACGUGGACAUGCAGGUCUCCGCGAGCGAGGAUUUCCUGCGAGGCUGAUCGCAAGGAAGUGCCGGCCCAGAGGCUCGGGCGCCGUGUCUCCCCGGGAACGCGGCCGGCUGAGAAGGCCGGGGCGCUCGCCAGGAGCGGGGACGUCCUCGGUGUCGCUCGGGGACGGAAGGAGGCGGCGCAGGCCCGGAGACCUGCGCGCGGGCGGCGAGAGGGCGCUGUGGCCCGUGCCUGCCGGCCGGAGUCCCACCAGCGGUGGGCGCGACCCACCUCCUCCCACGGCGGCUUAAUUCGGGAAACUAGAAAAAAACACAUCAAGGCAUUUUAGUAAAACCUAAGCGGCUCC